UCCCUCACCGAUGGAAAUCCUCGAGUCUUUGAUCGAGUGGCCAGCUGCUCUACACUUGUCGGAAGGCAGAUGCUCGAUGAGCUGAGGCCUUCCCCGGCGGCGAACAUCACAUGCCUCACGUGCUGCUCGAGCUACCUUUAUCCGCCGCCAUUGCGAUUGACAGCGGCGGGCUUCAGAGCAGGAUCACAACACCGACGGAUCAUUCUGUUGCUUCUCGACUGUACAAGAGGUCUGAUUGGAGCAACGAAAACUUCUAUGACAAUACGCUCAACGGGUCGAGGACAGCGAAGAUGGCAAAGAAUGAUCUCGAUCAUUUGAGGGUCCGUGAUCUCCUGCGCAGAGACUGGAAAAAUAGGUCUUUUGUGCUGGACAGAGCAUCAAGUCUCAUACUGACAGACAGUCUGGUCUAUGACCGUCGCAUGCACAGGCGGCAUCGUACAGACCCGCAGAGAUCUACCAAAUCCUACUCGUCAGCUCUGUCGAUCCAAAUCACAACCGAGCAGUCAGUCGGCGACUUCUUCGCCAUCGAACGUGAUUGGACAAGUGAGAUCGAGGCUGGCAUUACACUGGUCCUUCUUGGCUACAAGGUGAAGGUUGAAGGCAAUGGAAUUCCUUCGCUUUACAGCGAGACAGUAGGAGGCGCAGACGAGGACUACCCGGAUUGGCUAAGGCGAUGUAUGGGCAGGCAAUUGACGAUCAGCUCACGGCAGCAGCAAUUCGCAACAAGGAAGUAUCAGAAGGAGUGCUCCGCGCAAGGUCAAAGAGCGCCAAAUCGCACUCGUCGUCCGCGCAGGCCACCGCAGCAGCGAAGCAGAAGCCCACUCUCUUUUUAAGCAUGUCUCACGCGCCUUCGAUAAGAGCGAGGUCCUUCUCGGAAAACGCUGGGAGCACAGCAAGGAAUU